UGACCUCGUCUAUCUUCAGUAGCUUGUUGCUCUAUACUCAGACCACAAAUGGAGCUCUGUAGUUCUCCGACAACUCCGACGUUCCUCCAAUUCAAACCCUCUCUUCUCUCUCCUACCUCAUCUCUUUCUCUCUCUAGCUCUCUUCUUCAACCCACCAACAACAACAGACUCUUCAAUUCUCAAAAACUAUCAUCCUCUUCCCGCCAUUUCUCUCUCACCCAACCCCCUUCUCCAAUCAUUUCGACCCGCUUCGUCGUUUCGGCAUCAACGGCUGCUCUCGAUGAUGUGAAGAAAGACCCACUUCCGGCUGAGAUCAAGGUCACAGAAACCCAAGAACCCAAUUCCAGAGUUAGGUUGAGUGUAGAAGUUCCUCCUGUUGUCUGUGAGGAUUGUUAUAGAAGGGUGAUGAAGGAGUUCUUGAAGCAGGCAAAGGUCCCUGGAUUCCGCCCGGGAAAGAAUAUUCCAGACAAUAUUCUGAUUACUUACGUAGGGAAGCAAAAUGUCCAAAAGGCUACAAUUGAAUCUAUUUUGAAAAGAACCCUUCCACAUGCUAUGUCUUUGGUGACUGGAAGGGCAUUGAAAGACUCUAUUCGCAUUGUAACCAAAUUUUCUGACAUGGAAAAGACCUAUUCUUCUCUCAACUUCCUGAGAUAUGAUGUCAUUGUUGAUGUGGCUCCUGAAGUCAAGUGGAAUCCUGAGAAUGGAUACAAGAAUUUGAAAAUUGCUGUUGAGAUAGACAGUGACAUAGACGCUCAUGUAGCUUCUGAACAAGAAUUACGACGUCGCCACAAAUCCCUAGGAUUGCUGAGAAUUGUAACUGACAGAGGCAUGCAGAUCGGUGAUGUUGUGGUCCUUGAUAUAUCAGCGACAACAAUUGAUCAAGAUGAAUCAAAUGUUCAAAAAAUUCCAUCUGCAGAGAGUAAAGGUUUUCAGUUUGAUACAGAAGAUGGAGAUAAGGUCCUUCCAGGUUUCCUGGAUUCAAUAAAUGGAAUUCAACGAGGUGAAACAAAGUCCUUUCCACUCAAAUUUCCUGAAUCAUGGAAACAAGAAAAUCUCCAUGGUGUUCAUGCUCAAUUUACAGUUGAAUGUAAAGAACUAUUCUAUAGAGAUCUACCAGAGUUGAAUGACUCCAUUGCUGAUAAGCUUCUUCCAGGAUGCACCACCCUUACGCAGGUCAAAGAAUCCUUGCUGCAAAGAUGCUUAGAAAUAGAGCAAACAGCUAAAGAACAAGCAACAGAUAAUGCCAUUUUAGACCAGCUUCGCAAGAUGAUUGAUGUCAACAUACCUCGAUCCUUGUUUGAGGAACAAGGCAGGCAGCUAUAUGGAUCCAGACUUUUGCAAAUGCAGGCAAACAUGAAACUAAACGAACAGCAGUUAGCAUCUCUAUCAAGUCCAAAGGCCGUAAAUGAUUUCCUGGAAAACCAAAAGGAGAAUAUAACGAAUGUGAUAAAGCAGAAUCUUGCCAUUGGGGAUAUAUUUAAACGUGAAAAUUUGCAGUUUUCAACAGAGGAUUUGGUCAAGGAGGUUGAGAACUCCAUCACUGAAUUCAAACGUCAUAAACAAGAAUAUGACGAGGAACGUGUGAAAGAACAGGUUCAGGAGAUACUAGAGGGAGCCAAAGUGCUGGAGUGGUUGAGAGAACAUGCUGAGAUUCAAUACACAACCAGCAGGUGAGGAUGAGAAUCAGAAUUCAGCAUGUCUCUGAAUGAUGGAAAUCGGAAUGUAUCUGGCGGACUCUCUUGCCUCUCGGUGGUUCUUUUCUCGUGCCGGAACAUGUCAUUGAAUGGUUUCCAGUUCUUCCUGUAAAGGUUGUGGUUGAGCAGCCUGAGCUGUUAUUAGAGAUCACAUGACUUUUUAGUUUUGCAAUAAACAUAAUGAAAUCCACUGUCUUUUUUUUUUUUUCUUUUUUUCCCUAAAUGAAAUCCAUUGUUUUCCAUUUUAAAUGUUCGGGAAAAUGAAUUGUAGUGUUGCUUUCA